AUGUUAAGUUAUACUAUCAUAUAUGAUUGUAUUGAAUUUUUACUUUGUGAUAAAACUAAUGAAGCAAGUCUUGAAUGUUUAUGUAAUCUUUUACAUACUAUUGGUGACAAACUUGAUAAUAAAGUUAAGAAAAAAAACACAAAUAGAUCCAAAUUGGAAAAAUAUUAUUUUGAUUUAAAUACUAUUAUAAAAGAACAAAGAAUAUCCGCACGUAUUCGUUUUAUGAUUCAAGAUCUUCUAGAAUUAAGACAAGAAUCAAGUAGAAAACAAGAAAAUACAAUAGACACUUACCCUCAUGCUAAUACUCUAACACAAAUACAAUCUAACGACGAAUCAAAUCAAGCACCAUUUUCCUUGAAUUUAACAGCAUCACUUUGUGUACGAACAAAAGAAUUAGAUAUUGAGAAGAAGCUUGUAUAUGCUCGUUCAUUAACUGAACAGCAAGAAAAUUCAAUAAAAAAUUUCAUUCAUCAUUCUACUCUAAAAACCCUUGAAUGA